AUGCUGAAAGCUGUUGACGAGCUUCGUCGUGAGCUUGGAGAAGAAGCAGUGAGCACCGAUCCAGAUGAUCUGGAAUAUCACGGCUAUUCUGAGAUUUCAACGUCAAACACGGAUGAAAGGCCAAUUGCCGUUGUGCGACCACAAUCAACAGAGCAAGUGUCUGCAAUCGCAAAGAUAUGUACCAAAUACAAAGUUCCAAUGGUACCUUUUGGAGCCAAAUCUAGCAUGGAGGGGAACUAUAGCUCACCCUUUUCGGGCAUAUGCAUCGACAUGUGCGAGAUGGAUAAGAUUGUCGAAUUUCACCCGCAAGAUAUGGACAUUGUUGUGCAGGCUGGGGUCAAUUGGACGGUAUUAAAUGAAGAGAUUAAAGACACUGGCCUCUUCUUGCCGCCUGAUCCAGGCCCAACCGCCCUCAUCGGGGGAAUGGUAGCUACUAACUGUAGUGGAACCAAUGCGAUGAGAUACGGUGCGAUGAAGGAUUAUGUCGUCAAUUUAACAGUUGUCUUGGCCGAUGGCACCAUUAUCAAAACAAGACACCGACCAAGGAAGACGUCAGCCGGAUAUAAUCUCAACUCCUUGUUCACUGGGUCAGAAGGGACUCUCGGCAUCAUCACUCAAGCCACGCUCAAGUUAGCAGUGCUGCCGACAAAUCUCAGUGCCGCCGCCGCAGCCUUCGGAUCGGUUCAUCAGGCUGUGGCAGCCGCGUCCACGAUGAUCCGCUCAGGCCUCCCCUUGGCCGCUUUGGAGCUGAUGGACGAUCAACAGAUGCGGAGCAUAAACAAGAGCGGAGGAACCGCUGGUAGGAUGUGGGAAGAGAACCCAACCCUGUUCUUAAAAUUUUCAGGUACUGAAAACUCUACGAAGGACAGUGUCAAGGCGGCACAAGCCAUAUGUCGUACACACGGCGCCAGAACCUUUGACGGUGUAUAUGGAGAAAAAGAAAUAGAUUCCCUUUGGUCAGCUAGAAAACGCGCGCUUUUCGCGGCGAUCGCGGAGCAGCCAAAGGGUGCCAUGGUUUGGGGCACAGAUGUUGCCGUGCCUAUAUCCCGUAUGGCUGACUUGAUCGAAGAGUCUAGGGCCAAAGCGACGGGCCUUGAUCUCUGGAAUAGCGUGCUAGGACAUGUGGGAGACGGAAAUUUUCAUCAAGCAAUGUUCUAUCUCCCCAACGAUGCUAUUGGCAAGAACAAAGUAGCAGACUGCGUCGAUACCAUGGUGAAGAGAGCGAUUGAGAUGGAAGGAACCGUAUCAGGCGAGCAUGGUAUUGGCAUUGGGAAGAAGGACUGUCUUCUCAAGGAGCUGGGCCCGUCAACAAUCGGGGUCAUGAAGGCUUUGAAGGAUGCACUUGAUCCGCAUUGGUUGUUAAAUCCAGGAAAAGUAUUUGAUGAAUAA